AUGGACGGAGACUGGGAUCAGGGUCGCGUGACAUCUUUCUACGGCACCGAGCUUCAGCGAUAUACCUCUUUCAAAGCCUUUUCGACCCACGGCGAUGUACGGCAGAUCCUCGUUAGCGAAAAGGGCGUCAUUGCUUUGGGAGCGCGAGAUAUUCAUAUGGCGUUGCGGAGGGGACCGCCACUCUGGCAUCUUCAGAGCGACGAAUUCAAAGACUUACGAUGCAUGAAUUUCACGUCGAAGGGCCAGGCCGAGAUCCUGGUGGCUGGCUUCCAGGACAAGAUGUUUGUCAUUGACGUCAACAAGGGAGAGAUCACCAAGGAGAUCUCGACCGAAUACUCUUACCAGAUCAUGAAGAAGAGCCGCUAUAUCUGCGCGGCCACCAAGGAUGGUCUUAUCAACAUGAUUGAUCCUGUAAACUACUCGGUCGUGCGAAGCUGGAAGGCGCAUUCUGCACUGAUCAGCGACAUGGACGCGCAGCACGAUUUCAUCGUUACCUGCGGAUUCUCGCUGCGCCAGAGUCAGAGCUACAUGCCCGACUCAUUUCUCAACGUCUUCGACAUAAAGCGCAUGACAUCCAUGGCUCCUAUUCCUUUCCCUGCAGGCGGGGCCUUCGUGCGAAUGCAUCCACGCAUGUCCACAACCAGUAUUGUUGUAUCGCAGACUGGCCAGCUUCAUGUGGUCGACUUGAUGAACCCCCACACGAGCAAUGUGCGGCAAAUCAACGUGGUCAACUCGCUCGUCACCAUGUUCGAAAUUGCGUGUUCGGGCGAAGCAGUGGCGCUGGCCGACUCGGCCUCUCAGAUUCAUCUUUGGGGCAGCCCCUCGAAGAUUCGUUUUGUCGACUUUCCACAGCCGACUGAAUUCGCCGGUCCUGAAGCGCCUGCGCCUGCCAUUGACUGGACUACUGAAACUCCUCUCAACAUGGUCGGCAUGCCGUAUUACCGGGAACCACUGCUUUCAGCAUGGCCUGACAUGGUUUCUGAUGUCGGGGCGCCGCCUCCAACUCUUGACCCCCAGUUUCUUUCUACCCUCAAGGCCACAGAGUUCGGUCUCUAUGGGCCAAACACGCGUGGACUGCGGCGCAACCAAGUCGAAGACACGCGAAAGACCGACAAGACAACUGUGACCGGCAUUCAAGCCCCCAAGUUCCUCAGCGAAAAGGCGAGGGAAUCCUCCAAAACUCCCGGGCAGGCAGCUGGCGCCGAAGAUGAGGUUGACGAUGCUGCGGCGAAAAUGGCCGGCGACCGUAAGACGGAGUGCCCUCCGAUGUAUCGUAAUGUCGAGAUCAAAUACAGCAAGUUUGGUGUUGACGACUUUGACUUCGGAUAUUACAACAGGACGGCCUACUCCGGACUAGAGAUCCACAUUGCCAACUCGUAUGCAAAUGCGCUCCUGCAAGUGAUGCACUUCACGCCUUUGAUCCGGAAUCUGGCUUUACAGCAUACCGCGACUGCAUGCAUCGUGGAGACGUGUUUGCUUUGCGAGCUCGGAUUUCUUUUCGACAUGCUAGAGAAGGCAGAAGGCUCCAUCUGUCAAGCGACCAACUUAUUGAAGGCGCUGAGCCACCAGCCUCAAGCGGCGGCUCUCUGUCUGCUAGAAGAAGACCUCAACGGCGGCCCACUGCCUUCCAUGCUGCAGCGUCUGACACGGUUCUUACUCGACAAAAUUGUCGAAGAUUUCCGCAUUACUUCUCCAGGCGUUAAUUUCAUGCUUCAGAAGGCCCCGAUGCGAAAUCAGAAGGCCCCCAAGGUCACUUUUUCGCAGGUGCUCAAAAUGAGUGUUGAGCGGGAAUUUCCAUCGAAGGGGUGGUGUCCCCAAUGCCAACGUUACCAGCCAAACGCUUCGAGGAAAACCAUCAGCAGUGUACCUCAGGUGCUCAUGCUCAACACGGCGGUCAAGAGUCCUGAGCACCGUAGGCUUUGGGCGAAUCCAGGCUUUCUCCCAGAGGAGAUUGGCGUCAUAGUGGACCAUGGCCAAUUCUUCUGUUACGAAGGUGAAGAUCUGAAGCUCCAUCUGCAAAGGGGGAUUCACAACAUAACCGUCUACUCUUUGAUUGGCAUGACGAUGGAGGUCGAGGCUGGCCCUGGCCAGAAGCCGCACAUGGUUGGCAUGAUCAAUGUUGGCCACUGCCAGCCAGAAGCCCCCGAGGCGAGUCAGUGGCAUUUAUUCAAUGACUUCUUGGUUCGCUCGGUGAGCAAGGAGGAAGCUCUCUCUUUCAACGCGAACUGGAAAAUUCCAUCGGUCUUGACGUUUCAAGUGAAGGAGGCGAACAAUAUGAUGGACACGACGUGGAAGCAAAAGAUUGACACCUCGCUCCUAUUCACGGACUCAAGCAAGACAUACCGGACGCUCGAUGGUGCGACAGAGCCGCCGGGUCCUGGCAGCAUCAUUGCACUCGACACCGAAUUUGUGGCUGUGCGACAACCGGAGAUCGAGAUGAACUCCGAGGGCGAGAGGGAAACGAUCCGACCCAAGGUAUACGCCCUCGCGCGUACCUCUGUCAUUCGAGGAGAAGGAGAGGCGGAAGGGGAGCCUUUCGUCGAUGAUUAUAUCUUGAUUCGAGAGCCCAUUGUCGAUUAUUUGACCGCCUUCUCGGGCAUCACCGAAGUGGACCUCAACCCACGCUUGUCGAAACACAAUCUUGUACCGCUUAAAGUGGCCUACAAGAAGCUGUGGAUGUUGGUCAAUCUCGGUUGCAAGUUCCUGGGCCACGGAUUGAAGCAAGAUUUCCGAGUCAUCAACAUCCAUAUACCCAAGGCCCAAGUCAUCGACACGAUCGAGUUGUACUACUUACACACGCGCCUGCGAAAGCUUUCGUUGGCGUUCCUUGCUUGGAUCGUAUUGCGGGAGAACAUCCAGAACGAAACGCACGACUCGAUCGAGGACUCGCGGACAGCGCUAAGGCUGUAUCGGAAGUACCAAGAGUACGUCUCAGCGGGCGUGUGGGAGCAAAGGAUCAACGAGAUAUACAAUGUGGGGCGAGAUGUUGGUUUCCGAGCUCCCAAGGCGGGUGAUCAGGAAGUGCAGAGGACAGAAACGCCUCCGCUACCCAUAGAAGGCGGCCCAGGCCCCACGACACCGGUCAGGCGGCCGCCAGGUGCAGGCGGGUCGUUGCUGACGCCAGGGAAGGCAUCGCCGUUUCGCUGA